CUACGACAUGGUGCACUUUGGCCACGCCAAUCAGCUCCGCCAGGCGAAGGCAAUGGGCGACUGGCUGGUGGUGGGCGUCCACUCCGACGCCGAGAUCAUGCGCCACAAGGGGCCGCCGGUGUUCAACGAACAGGAGCGCUACCGCAUGAUCCGGGCCAUCAAGUGGGUGGACGAGGUGGUGGAGGACGCCCCUUACAUCACCACGCUGGAGACGAUGGACAAGCACGGCUGCGACUUUUGCGUGCACGGCAAUGACAUCACCCUGGACGAGCACGGCCUCGACACCUACCGGUACGUGAAGACGGCCGGCCGGUACCGGGAGUGCCGCCGCACCGAGGGCGUCUCCACCACGGACAUUGUCGGGCGGAUGCUGCUGAUGACGAAGAGUCACCACCAGCACCGCGACGAGGAGGGCCGGGUGGACGCGGCCACCAGCGACCAGAUUCGCCUGGGCGACACCGGCACCACGCACAGCCCUUGGACGGGCAUCAGCCAGUUUCUGCCGACGACGCGCAAGAUUAUCCAGUUUGCAGAGGGCAAGGACCCGCGCCCCGGCGACCGCAUCGUCUACGUCGACGGGGCCUUUGACCUGUUUAACAUUGGUCAUGUGGCCUUUCUGGAAAAGGCAAAGGCGGAGGGCGACUACCUGAUUGUGGGCCUGCACACUGACCAGGUGGUCAACGGGCGACUGGGCAGCAACUACCCGCUGAUGAAUCUGCACGAGCGAGUCCUCUCGGUGCUCGCCUGUAAGUACGUGAACGAGGUAGUCAUCGGUGCGCCGUACACCGUCACCAAGGAGCUGCUGGACCACUUCAAGGUGGACAUGGUCCUUCACGGCAAGACGGGCAUCAUUGCCGACGCACAGGGCGAGUUUCCCUACAAGGUGCCUCGCGAGUUGGGCAAGUUCAAGGUGAUCGACAGCGGCUGUGUGAUGGGGACGCGCACCAUCGUCGAUCGCAUCAUCCAGAAUGCAAUGCAGUUUACGCUGCGCAACAUCAACAAGGAGAAGAAGGAGAUUGAACUGCUGAAGCAACAGGGCGAAGAGGAAA